AUGGUGACACGCCAACCUCAACAUGAGACAAAACAAGAUCAGAAGACGGAGAGCGACCCCAAACAAUCUCUUACCGUCCUACCAUCGGCAUCCCCAUCUCCUUAUGAGCCGCUCAGCCAACAUAUAGACUGCACGCGGCUGAUAAGGAUCGAAGCAGCAACGACGGACGAUGAUCCCAUCAUCUGCAGUUUGUUCGAGGUCGAGUUCCGUGAGAAGCCCAAGUUCUAUGCGCUCUCAUACAUGUGGGGAGAUGGCCCAGCCCAAUGCAAUAUUAUCCUAAACGGUGUGACCUUCAGCGUUAGGCAGAAUCUCGGGGAUGCUUUGCGGUAUCUGCGAACACACGCUGCUGACACCUCUUAUUGGAUCGACGCGAUAUGCAUCAACCAAGACGACGUCCCGGAGCGAAACAGACAGGUGCGCAUGAUGCACCACAUCUAUUUUAGGGCUGAGACUGUCGUCGUGUGGCUGGGGAAGAGAUAUGUGGAAUACGAGGCGAGCCUGCCAGACUUGCAUGGACUUGGCCAUUGCAAACCAUCGAACGGACAACAAAAAUUGGAGUCGUCAGCAAAUGGGCCUCAGAGCGACCUUUCCGCGGCGAAGGAGCCAAAUGAGGAUGCACAGCAGCGCAAGCUGGCAGAAGACUUGUACAAGAACGGCUACUGGAAUAGAUUGUGGAUCAUCCAGGAGAUUGGGCGUGCUCACAAUAUCAAAGUGUGUUUCGGAAACUAUGCGGUAGAAUGGGAUCCGUUUAUUCAUUUCAUCACCAUGCACAACAUCGGAAGUCACGGCCCUGUGAGGCUGAAUCGACAGCGACAAGGGAAAUAUACCGGGUCAAGCUCCUUGCUCCAACUGCUACAAGAUCACAGAGAAGCUCUGUGCCAAGACAGCAAAGACAAAGUGUACGGCUUGAUUGGUUUGGCAUCAGACGCUGGCGGCUUUGUUAUCGAUUAUCAAAAGUCAACCUUUGAGAUAUGGACCGACGUUAUGGAGUUUAUGAACCGACACGGUUUAUUCGCAGACAAGGACAUUGUCUGCGUUGGGGGUCUUGUCAAAUCUCUGCUUAUGGGUACCAACUGCCUGCCCCUCCAGCAAAUUCUGCGACAGGACGCACCUGGCAAAGAAGAUAGUGUGAUUCUCACAGACCCGAAGCAUUUCAAAGCAUUUGAGUUGCAGGCAGCUAUGCUAGGAUGCGUCACUUGUGUGGGCCCGCGUCCGCAUGAAAUCGUUGGAAAUCUCAACCAGGUGGAUAAGUGGACAGAACAGGUCCAAUCGAACUAUAAAAACGAUCUCGGUCCUGCCCACCAGGAGAACGAUUUGCUAAUUCGGACUAUUUUGGACCUGGAUGAUAGCAUCUUAUCGAAGAAAUGCUUUGACUGCAGAAGUGUUAUACAGUGGUCGCAGGUCUAG